UCAUAGAGCACCCAUCAGCGGAAUAUAGAAUAUUCCCUACAAGUUCCGAAAAAAUACUGUUAUUCUUCUCAUAGUCGGUUUGUUUUUCUUUGUUAGUCUUGGUUUCGGGAUUCCUUCAAUCUGAGAACAUGGGGAAGCCGACGGGGAAGAAGAAGUUUCAAGAAACGGUCAAGAAUGUCAUGGAAUCCAACAAGCAAAGCAAGGGCGCCGCCGCCGCCGAUCGAGCUUCCAAAGCCUUCGACGAGGACACGGCAAUCUUCAUCAACAUGUCUCAAGAGCUCAAAGAAGAAGGUAACCGAUUCUUCCAGAAACGCGACCACGAAGGCGCGAUGUUAAAGUACGAAAAAGCCCUUAACCUUCUCCCUAAGAACCAUAUCGAUGUCGCUUAUUUGCGCAGCAACAUGGCUGCCUGUUAUAUGCAGUUGGGCAUCGGGGAGUACCCUCGUGCCAUCAAUGAAUGUAAUUUGGCUUUAGAGGUUUCUCCAAAAUACAGCAAAGCUUUGUUGAGAAGAGCUAGAUGUUAUGAAGCUUUGAAUAGAUUGGAUUUAGCUUAUAAGGAUGUUUAUAAUGUUUUAACUAUUGAACCCAAUAACUCUUCUGCUUUGGAGGUUUUAGACAGCGUUAAAAAGGCUAUGGAUGAGAAGGGUAUUACUGUGAACGAAAAUGAACUUGGCUUGUUUGAUAAUGAGCCUUAUGGGGCUACACGGUUGCGAAAAGUGGUGAAAGAGAAGUUGAAGAAGAAGAAGAAGAAAAAUGAAGGAAAGAAUGUUGAGAUAAACAAUAAGACUACAUAUAAGGUUACAGAAGAGAAGCCGUUGGAGGAUAAGGCCGUUGUGAAGGAGAAGGUAAGUCUUGUCAAUGAGGUCAAGGAUGAAGAGGUUGUUGUGAAGAUUAUUGAGCAGGAGAAGAAGGCUGUUGAGGAAGAAAAGACGAUUACAAAGACGGUGAAGUUGGUGUUGGGGGACGAUAUUAGGUGGGCACAAUUACCUGUGAAUUGUACUAUUAAUUUGGUGAGGGAUAUCAUUCGAGAUAGGUUUCCGGGGCUGCAGGGUGUUAUUGUGAAAUACAUGGAUCCAGAGGGUGAUUUGAUUACGAUGACUUCAACAGAUGAUCUUAGGUUAGCUGAAUCAGUUGGUAGUGUAUCAGGAGGAUCCCUUAGGUUCUAUAUUGUUGAAGUUAGUCCUGACCAGGAACCAGCUUAUGAAGGAGUAAGUAAAGAUGACGUGGUCAAAAGUGAAGAGAAAUCGAAUGAUGUUGUUGAGAAUGGUGAAGCUAUAAGGGGAACAUGCCUGGAUGAUUGGAUUGUCCGGUUUGCACUACUUUUUAAGAACCAUGUUGGGUUUGAUUCUAAUUCGUACUUGGAUCUUCAUGAACUUGGGAUGAAAUUAUAUUCGGAGGCAAUGGCAGAUGCUGUGACAAGUGAAGACGCGCAGGAGCUGUUUGAAAUCUCUGCAGAUAAGUUCCAAGAGAUGGCUGCUCUGGCAUUGUUCAACUGGGGAAAUGUUCACAUGUCCAGGGCAAGGAAGUAUGUCAGCUUAACAGAAGACGGUUCCAGGGAAUCUAUGCUAGCCCAAGUUAAGGUUGCGUAUGAGUGGGCACAAAAAGAAUAUGUAUUGGCGGCAAAGAGGUAUGAGGAAGCGUUGAAAAUUAAACCAGAUUUUCAUGAAGGUCUUCUUGCAUUGGGGCAGCAGCAGUUUGAGCAAGCAAAACUCUGUUGGUACCACGCAAUUUCUUGCAAGAUUGAUUUAGAGAGUGGGCCUUCGGAGGAUGUCUUGAAACUUUAUAAUAAGGCAGAGGACAGCAUGGAGAAGGGCAUGCAGGUUUGGGAGGAAACGGAGGAGCGACGGCUAAAUGGACUGUCCAAAUUUGAUGAGUGUAGGACCCAGUUGCAGAAAAUGGGGUUAGAUGGCCUGUUUAAAGAUGUUUCCCCUGAAGAAGCUGCUGAGCAGGCUGCAAACAUGAAUUCACAGAUAUACCUGUUAUGGGGCACCUUACUUUAUGAGCGUUCUGUUGUGGAAUACAAGAUUGGGUUGCCAACUUGGGAAGAAUGUUUGGAGGUUGCAGUUGAGAAAUUUGAACUUGCUGGAGCUUCUCCAACUGAUCUAGCUGUUAUGAUUAAGAACCACUGUUCGAACCAGAAUGCAUCAGAAGGUUUAGGAUUUAAAAUUGACGAGAUUAUACAGGCAUGGAAUGAGAUGUAUGAUGUAAAGAGGUGGCAGACUGGUGUUCCAUCAUUCCGGCUAGAGCCAUUGUUCCGUCGCAGGGCUCCAAAGCUUCUUUCUAUCUUGGAGCAUCUUUAAAUUUUCUGUUGAUUGGGCUUUCUUUUGGGGGCAUUAGACAAGUGCUCCAGUUCUGUUUCAUUCAUUUUCCAAGAUCAAUGUUUGUGUGCUACUAAGAUAGGUCUUAUUUUUUGUGUCUGGCUGGUUGUUUGCUACAAAAGCAAAGAACAAAAGCUUGUGCACUGUGAGUUGGAUAUUGAAAGGUACAGUUUAUGAUUGAGCAUGAAGCCUAGUCCAGUCAUUCAUUUUUGUCAUUUUGUCAAUUUUUGGGGGUGAUUAUAUUUGGUUGGUUCAUCAGCAAUGAUCAUAUAAUAAUUGUUGGUUGUAAUCCGUAGAAUCAUAUUGUUUGUUUGUUUGUUUUCACAUAGAAUCACAGGGUCAUCAUU